GGUACUAGAAUCAAAGCCAUAAUUUCAUUUAUUUUGCCUGGUGCCUCUCAGCAGGUUUCUGGCAUGGCUGACAGGGGAACAAGCAAUCGCUCAGAAGUGACUGACUUCAUUCUUGUAGGCUUCAGGGUCCGCCCAGAGCUCCACAUUCUCCUCUUCCUGCUAUUUCUGCUUGUCUAUGCCAUGAUCCUUCUAGGGAAUGUUGGCAUGAUGGUCAUCAUUAUGACUGAUCCCUGGCUGAACACGCCAAUGUAUUUCUUCCUGGGCAACCUCUCCUUCAUUGAUCUCUUCUGUUCAUCUGUUAUUGUACCCAAGGCGAUGAUCAACUUCUCGUCUGAGAGCAAGUCUAUUUCCUUUGCAGGCUGUGUGACCCAGCUCUUUCUCUUUGCCCUCUUCAUUGUGACUGAGGGAUUUCUCCUGGCAGCCAUGGCUUACGACCACUUCAUUGCCAUCUGCAGCCCACUCCUCUACUCUAUGCAGAUGUCAACACGUCUCUGUGCUCAGUUGGUGGCUGGUUCCCAUUUUUGUGGCUGCAUCAGCUCAAUUCUUCAGACCAGCAUGACAUUUACUUUAUCCUUUUGUGCUUCUCGGGCCAUUGACCACUUUUACUGUGAUACUCGCCCACUUGAGAGACUAUCUUGUUCUGACCUCUUCAUCCAUAAAAUGGUUUCUUUCUCCUUAUCUGGCAUCAUUAUCUUGCCUACCAUCAUAGUUAUUAUUGUUUCUUAUUUGUAUAUCGUGUCCACAGUUCUAAAGAUACCCUCCACUGAGGGACGUAAGAAAGCCUUCUCCACCUGCAGCUCUCACCUGGGAGUCGUGGGUGUACUGUAUGGUGCUGUAUUUUUUAUGUAUCUCACUCCUGACAGAUAUCCUGAGCUGAGUAAAGUGGCCUCAUUAUGUUACACCCUAGUCACUCCCAUGUUGAAUCCUUUGAUUUACUCUUUGAGAAACAAAGAUGUCAAAGAGGCUCUGAGGAAGAUCCUGGGGGAAAAGAUAUUUUUAUUUAAUUCUAUUUGA